AUGUUAAGUGACAUCUCAUUUGCGUGGAGGAAACAAGGUACACGCUUUGAUCCAAUCGCCAUUAUUCAAAGUAUUUCUGACCUACUGAAGAAGGAAAGCGAGGCACAAGGAAAGCCGUUGAACGACUGUUUCUAUGAAAGCUUGACCGAUUUGGAACGAGAUCCUGACUUCAUCCAACUGCUCAAUGAGUUUAAUGAAGGAAUAAACAAUGAAAGAAACAUCAUGACAAUAGGUAUGUUUCAAAUAUUGUUAUUAAUGGCAUUAUAAAUUGGAAAAACAUUUACUAUACCAUAUGUAAUAUGACCAUUUCAAAUAAAGUAGAUACUGCAUCAUACCACACAAUGCUAUACCAUACUGUACUGUAUAGUAACAUACCAUAUCACACCCGGCACACCAUACCAUACUAUACCAUAUCAUACCAAACCACACCAAAACACCACACAACACGACAUGUCUGACACCACACGCCACGCCCGACUACAUUACAUGCCAUGCCACGGCACGACACGCAACGCCACGCCACGCCACGCCAAGCCACCGGCGACACGACACGACACACAACACUUUUCUGAAUCACGAAAGACUGAAUUUGUCACUAGCAAAAGAAAAUAAAACCAAAAAUGUUGUUUGGGCUGUUUUCCUUUUCGACAAAGACAAGUAUACAUUGCCCUGCGCACCCAAACUAUCACUUUCUUUCUUUGUAUGUAGGAUCCAAUUUGCCAGAACUUCAAAAAGAUGAUAAUCCCAUCAAAGAUGUCGGUCUUAGGGGCGAAGUAAUUACUGGCGAAAGUUCCGAUGCAGAAAACGACUUGAUAAGAUACAGUAACUACAUCUCAGGAGCUGGAUCUACAUUUGGUGGUUUUAUGUCUGGCUUUCCAGGAGAUGCCCAAAGUUUGGUCACAGGUAAUUUUUGCAAUAACAUGGGCCUCUGUAAAAGAAAAGACCUUAUAUUCAUAUGGUCAUUAAUCAACUAGAUAUUAACUGGUUUUCUAUAGAGUCGUUUUCUACGUUUAUGACGUUUGCGAACUGACGUAUACACGUUUGCGAGCUGUCCGCUAGACGUUUGCAAACUGACCGCAGACAUCCUGACAAAUAUAGAUUCCUUUCGAAAGUAACUGCUUUCAGUCCAAAGUCGUUUGAUCGAAGUUGAUCGUCUAUAAUGCUUAAAAGAGGAACGAUGACAAUGAUUGCAGAAAGAUCUGUCGCGAGCACGAAGCUUUGGUAAAUAACAGAUUUUCCUAAACCGUCGAUAAAAUGGAUAAGACGUCUCUUCCAGAAAGAAAAGGCGCAACCUUAAUCUGUUCGUUCUUCAAGUAAGCCUUCCGUAGCGUUCUGCUAAACGCACUUCAACUGCUUACUGCUUCUUCUAAACCUGAGACGAAAUUUUGUGUAUCCGUCGAUAGCAGUGACAACUAAUGUGUCAGCAUGUUAAAAUUUGUCAAAUGUAGAUGACAACGUGUUCACAAGUGUUUAAUGUUUCUUAGCCAAUCCAGUUCUCCGAUGCUGGGUCUGCGGGGAAAUUUAAGCACGUCGGAGAGUGCAGUCACAGUUCCCGCCUCGGCCCGUUCACUCUCACCAGUCCCGCUGAGCCUAGACUCGCCCAAAAAAGGACUGCUUGCAGUCUAGAAUCUCUAAAAAUAGGCCGUUAGGUCAUCGUCAAAUUCGCUUCCAAUUUCCCAAAUUUUAGGGCGCGUCCAAUGUGGCGGACGGCACGAUCAAGGUAAGCCAUUUUAGAGGCGCGCGUGCCUUCCGUGAUUGGACUGUUUGUAUGAUUUUUUAAACCAUUUCCAUUAAUAUUUUUAUCAAGGUAAUUAUGGGACAAUUCCUUGUUUAUACGCAAGAAUCUAUUUUCCCUGCAAAUGCCAGAAAUUUCACCACUAAUUUCUGUGUCCAUUAAUCUCGUUAAUAAAACUAUUUGCACCCGGCUAUAGACAAGAAGUGAACCUCUACCCAGCUCUCUAAUUAACUGAAAUAUCUGAUGAGGCGUUUUGUUAUUUUUGUAGAUAUGAUGGACAGCAUGAAUUAUAAGGUCAAUGCUCUGGAAUUUAGACUGAAGCGGGACGCGAAGCUUGAGGCACUUAGAAAGCUGGAUAUGGAGAUAGUAGUUGAAAAUACCAUUGAAACUGACUCAGAUCUUCGAGCAAAGAGAGUAGGAAUGAAAGACGUCCAAGACAUAGUUGUCGACGAAUCAUUUGACAACAUCAAGAAAGUCAGCGGUGCCAGUAAUCAGCAGAAGUUGACCCAGCAGAACUUUAAUACUCAGAAGAAAAUAUCACAGAUGAAAGUAAGAGAAUCAGCGAAGAAAUAUGCAAGAAAAUUUAUGAAAAAAGUCGGCAGUGGCAUUGAGACAUCUACUACAGCAUUCACUUUUGCACAAGGAGGGGUUGAUGUAGCAGGUGGAAGUGACAUGAUCGACAAAGCUAUAUCUGAUGAGGCGUUUUGUUAUUUUUGUAGAUAUGAUGGACAGCAUGAAUUAUAAGGUCAAUGCUCUGGAAUUUAGACUGAAGCGGGACGCGAAGCUUGAGGCACUUAGAAAGCUGGAUAUGGAGAUAGUAGUUGAAAAUACCAUUGAAACUGACUCAGAUCUUCGAGCAAAGAGAGUAGGAAUGAAAGACGUCCAAGACAUAGUUGUCGACGAAUCAUUUGACAACAUCAAGAAAGUCAGCGGUGCCAGUAAUCAGCAGAAGUUGACCCAGCAGAACUUUAAUACUCAGAAGAAAAUAUUACAGAUGAAAGUAAGAGAAUCAGCGAAGAAAUAUGCAAGAAAAUUUAUGAAAAAAGUCGGCAGUGGCAUUGAGACAUCUACUACAGCAUUCACUUUUGCACAAGGAGGGGUUGAUGUAGCAGGUGGAAGUGACAUGAUCGACAAAGCUGAAGAACUAAGAAAGUCGGGAGCCAUUUCAGAGGAUGAAUAUGAUACGAUGAUGAGAAAUGGUCAGCUUCGAGUAGCUCAAGGAAGCUUUGGUCUCGCAAACGGUGUUAAGAACGUUGGUGAAUUUGUCGGUAAAAGACUCCAAAAAACUAUCGUAGAUAAAGGUUCUAAAGCUGGAUUAAAGCUCCUGAAACAAGCACAACGGUUCGCACCAGUAAUUGGUGGUAUGAUAUCCAUGGGAACAACUGCAACAUCAAUUGCCAAGAAUGCAAUCGCCGCGAAUGAUGCUAUGAUGCAAGGAAAUGCCGGCAAGGCCGCCAUGUAUGGAGUAAUGGCAGCUAUUGAUGUAAUAACUUUGAUUCUGGACGGAGCAAGCUUAGUCACAGACUUUGUAUUCCCACCGCUAUCACCAAUCAUUGACCUUGUCAGUAAUACAGUCUUGCAAGUUGUCAACACAGUGCUUGGGUUCUUUGCUGACUUGAUAGACUUCCGAUCCACUAAACAAAGAGUGACCGACGAAUUCAAUGCUUACAUCAAUUCUGAUGCGUUUAAAAAGUACGUAGAUGACAUGGCACAGACAUACAAGAAACGAGGCUUUGAUGUAUUUACAUACAUUGUAGAUGCAGAAGUGGCAGGUAUCGAAGCUGACACCAAAACCCUGCGAGAAGUCUCCAAGAAUAUCAACAAGUGCCUCACUGAUAAAGCCAAAGAGGAUUUCAAUAAUCCACAACAUCGCAUAGCAUUGCUAGAUGCAACGUCUUUCGGCAAAACUUUAAAAGGAAGACUUAAUAAUGAUGAAAUUAUAGCCGGUUUUGGUCCAGAUGAAAUCUUUGGCGACGAAGGCGAUGACAUGCUGUUUGGACGAGGAGGAGAUGAUACCAUUUAUGGUGGUCCAGGAAAUGAUUACCUCAACGGUGGAACAGGACGAGAUGUUCUUCUAGGUGGAACAGGUGAUGACAUGAUUAACUGUGAGCCUGCUGUUGAUUUGAAAUGUGAAGGAGGUGAGGGGGACGAUACCUUAGAGUUAUCUGGCGAAUCUUUGAUCUACGACGACAAAUACUGGAAAGCCCCGUAUAUAACAAUGGGCAAGCAAUGGGAAAUGAAUCCUUCAAAAGUCUCAGCAGUUAAGGGGAUUUAUCUUGAUAUGAGACAUGCAAAAGGAGACACAAAGCAGGGAUUAUCGGGGAUCAGUUUGUGA